UUACUUGACGACAUCUGGAGAGGGGCUUCGGGAGGCCAGAGAAGAUGAAGAUGAAGGCGUUGAUCUUCGGAAUCGCUACAGUUGUGAUAUUGGCAGCAGUGCCUUUGGGCAGUGCAAUGGAGCAACUAAGCUCAAGAGAAUGUGAGAAUCUGGGCUAUACUGGUCUUGCUUUGUGCUCUGACUGCAAUACUUUCGCCGAGUAUGUUAAGGACAAGGAGCUGGUAUCGGACUGUCUGAAGUGUUGCACGGAAGAUUCCAACGAUGCCAUGACCAAGAUUAGGUACUCUGGAGCUUUUUUGGAAGUCUGCAUGAGGAAACUUGUUUUCUAUCCUGAGAUUGUGGGCUUCAUUGAAGAGGAAAAGGACCAGUUCCCAUCAGUUAAAGUUCAGUAUGUUUUCAAUUCCCCUCCAAAGUUGAUCAUGCUGGAUGAUGCUGGUCAACAUAUGGAAACAAUCAGAAUCGAUAAUUGGAAGCGGGAGCAUAUCCUGCAGUUCCUGCGCGAGAAGGUGAAGCCGUUGGCAGCUCAUUGAAAACCUUGAAUCCGUUCCCUACGAAGCCUAAUUAUUUAUAUUCAUUCUGGAGUGGGAAUUCCUUAUAAAGGACUGUUGGUACAUAAAGUGCCAACUUUGGAGGAGUCAUUAGACUAAACUUGGCCUUGCUACAAUUAACCUAAAUCGCUGCAAAACAAUGAUACCAGCGUCGAAUGUAAAACAAUGAUACCUCGAGUUUUGUGAUGGUUGAUUUUCACGAGAUAACGUUUCCCCACCUGUAUGUGUUUUUAUGGCAGUAUUAGAAAAUAUUUACCAGGGUGCUGCCGGUGAACAGUUGCAGCCCGCCGGUAGAGAGAGGGGGAGGGGGUGUUGAUUUCUAAAAUGUCAACGUCCAACCGGCCUAAACCUUGCCCUUUGAUUUGUUUA